UUAUUUGUGUAUUUUGAUUUCAAAGGAAUUCAUAGUCAUACGGUAAUAAUUAAUCAAUAACUAUGUAUCUUUAUGUUUAGUGUGCAUAAAAAUUAAACUGUUCUAGGGUUGAAUAUUGAGGAGGUGUAAUCAGUUUUGAUUUACCGUUAAAACACACUUUCAGUCUAAAUGUGUUCAAAGACUUUUGAAAUGCGACAUGAUUACUAACUACUUUUUUGUUCUACAAGUGUGAUUGCGUAAUACACAGUACGAAGAGGGCAAAUGUGGCUACCCGGUGCAAUCACUUCUGCAUUUGUAGCAUUUUUAACUUGGUCAGCUUUAGGAAGUCAACCAAGGAUCUUAUCGUCGAAUUUCCCUUGGCAAAGGCAAACAGUUAAAAAAUUAAAUGAUGCUCAACAAAAUUUCACUGUUCAUCCAUUGGUUGUUGUCGCUGAUCAGUUGAAUCGUUUAUUGUCGCAUCAAUUCUCUCGUACAAAAGGGGAUAAGGUAUCAACGUCAAACUCUGAGAUGAAAUCAAAUAAAACUGAACCAAUUGUCUUAAUUAAUGAAUGUUUACCUGGUGGUGGUGGUAUAAACAAAAUCACUGAACAUUUAGGCAAAGAUAUUGUCACAUUUUUGGGGAUCACAGUUGUUAUUGGCGGUUUCCUAUAUUCAAGUUUCCGCGCUUCUAUGCAAGCGAGACGGUUAGGCAUUCGAACUAGGAGAGAGCGUUUGAAAGCUCUUUUGCCACCUGUUCAUGAAAGUGGAAAAACAGGAUUUAUAGAAUUUUAUCGUAAAUGUAUCAUCCUGAAAACACCAGUUUCAAAAGAGUUAAGUGAUGUUGAAUUUGGUAGCUAUGUUCAGAGUUCAUUCGCUCUUUUAAGUGUUCAGUAUUUAUCAUCUUACUAUGCUUUUGCUCAGUUGAUUGAACACAUUGAAUGCAGUGCAUUAAAUCUACUUGCUGAUGCAGUGGCUGAUUUGCCUAAUCCAAAAGUUUUUCGUAGACCUUCUGCACGUCAACCUCGAUUAAAUGAUCAAAUACCUAGCACAUCAAAUGUGAUAUCUCAAAGUGUAGUAAAUAAUUUAGGCAAUUGUAAUGUACAAAAUACAAUGGACGAAUUAUCAACAUCUCCAAUCCUUGAUAAUGCUAAAAAGCAAACUAACCGUACUGUUAAAUCAACUCUACGCUUAGCUUCAUCUGAGCCAGAUCUAACAAUUACUAUGCGAAAUUAUUCACGUCAACGUGGUGAUAUACGUGAUUUAGAUUGGUCAGUAAUCACUAAUGAUCCUUGCAACAAUAAGACAUUAAAAAAUAAAGCUAAUAAAAGACCUCGGAAACAUUCAUUGACUUCUUCAUCGAAUCAACGAAUUGGUUAUCUUCGACAUAAAAAGGUUAAACGAUCAAAAAGUCGACUAAAAUCAUCUGAUGACAACAUCAACAACUCUGAAAGUCAUAGUUAUCAUCAUGAUGAGAGUAAUUUUCUAACUGAUGGUGACAACAGUCGUCGUGAUAUUGAUAAUUCAAAGUUAACUGAUGUCAAGCCUACAAUUCAAUUUAAGAAGAGAAUUAAAAAAACUUUACGUGGAACAUACCGUUUAAAUUCAAACGAAAAACGUAUUGUUAACGAUUUAUUUUUAUUUAGUGCAGAUGGUCUUCCUGAAAAAGUUGGUCCAAACAUAUACUUAUCUGUAAGUCCGACGACAAAUAAUCCUGUUCCAGUGAUAACCAAUAUGGCGAGGCGCUCUCCAUUAGCAUGUAAAUAUAAUGUGCACCCAUUAAAUUUGUCCAACCCUUCAUCAAAUUUACAUUCACCACAUGAUAUUGUUGAAUCUUCGGCGUUGACAUCACCUAAUCAUCUAAGAUAUCGUCGAGCUAGAUGGGCAAGUGAAAUAGCUUUAAAUAAGCGGACCAGUGGAUUAUUUAAUGUGGAGCCAGGAUUAGUCAAUUCACUGACAUUCCUGGGAUCUAUGCUGAACACUGCUGCACCACGUGAUGGGUAUACAAUGUACAAUGAAGCUAUUGCAUCAGUCUACUCAUAUCCUUGGUUUCAUUUUAUUUAUGCUUUAGCCACUUUAUAUCUAAUGACUCAGUUGACUAACUGGUAUAAUCCCCAAAUUUCACGUGUAGAUACUCUAACAGAAACAUGGGCAAAUAUGUGGAUGAAAUUAGCGUCUAGUUGGUUAGCCCUAAUCUUAUAUGCAUGGACAAUAGCCUGUCCAAGAUUGUGUAUUGGUCGGAAACUUGGCGCAGCUCCAUUCACACCUCGUACACCACAUGCUAAAAUCUCACAAACUGUACCAGUCGUUUAA